AUGGUUCUGCAUCCGUCAGGUAGAAUACUUCCUGAAACAGACGGAGUAGGGGGACACCCCAAAGGCUCUUCAACGAAGACCGGACACACAUCUCUAGAGCCUCUAGCGAUUGUCGGUUUUGCAACGCACCUCGCCGGAGAUGCUACAGAUAAUGAGAAUUUGUGGAGGCAUAUUCUCGAGGGACAGUCAGCAUCCGGUCCUUUCCCUCAGGAUAGAUUGCAGGGCAAUCAGUACUUCCAUCCAGAUCCUGAACAUGGAGGAACAUGUGCUACGAAGGGUGGAUAUUUCCUAAAAAAGGACAUUGACACCUUUGAUGCAUCCUUCUUCCGUCUAUCCGAGUAUGACAUUGCUGCUAUGGACCCCCAGCAAAAAAUAUUGCUGGAGAAUGUGUAUCAUGCUGUUGAAAAUGUGAGUGGUAUUCUAGCUGGGCUACCAAUCGAGACACUAGCGGGUUCACGAACGUCUGUCUAUGUCGGUAGUUCAACAAAUGAUCACGCGGCUCUCACCAAUGAGGACUUGGAUUUCACGAUAAAGAAUAAGGCUACCGGAACAUUGCCUUCACUUCUUGCCAAUCGAGUUAGUUGGUUCUACGACUUGAAGGGUGCCAGUAUCGUCAUUGAUACUGCAUGCUCGAGUAGUCUCGUGGCCUUACACAUGGCAUGCCUUGAUAUCCGGGCCGGUGGAUCUGAGAUGGCAAUCGUUAGUGGUAUUAACCUGCUGCAACAUCCAGCCUCACUGUUGUUGCUCAGUAAUCUCGGUGUCCUUUCUCCUGACGGCCGAUCGUAUGCAUUCGAUGAUCGUGCAAACGGCUAUGGUCGCGGUGAAGGUGUGAUUACUGUCGUUGUUAAAUCUUUGCAAGCUGCAAUCCGUGAUGGAGACCAAGUGCGUGCCUUGGUUCGAGCUAGUGGUGUUAGUUCGGAUGGAAAGACGGCUGGAAUUACUCUUCCCAGCGAACAAGAACAGAAGACACUCAUUCGAAACGUGUAUGCAAGUGCCAAUCUCGAUGUGAAUGAAACGACAUAUGUGGAAGCCCACGGUACCGGUACGCCGGUUGGCGAUCCUCUUGAAUGCAAAGCUAUCAUGUCUGCUUUUCGCACUCAGAGACGCAAGCAGCCCCUUUAUAUUGGGUCUAUCAAAGCCAAUAUCGGACAUUUGGAAGGAGGAGCCGGGCUGGCAGGUCUCGUUAAAGCCAUCAUGAUGUUGGAGAAACAGAUUAUUCCUCCAAUAGCGGGCCUGCAGAGAUUGAACCCGUUAAUUCCCCAGGAUGGGCAUAACGUUUGUUUCACCAGAGAGGCCAUUCCCUGGCCGGAGUGUCAGGUUCGCCGAGCGUCCGUGAAUUCCUUCGGGUUUGGUGGAACCAAUGCUCAUGUUGUGAUCGAGUCGCCAGACAUGUUUGUACACGGUCCUCCUCUUGAAACUACAGGUGCCUCUCUUGCGCCACUGCUCAAUGGGCAUCCGAACGGUAUCAAUGGUCACCAAAAGCUUACGGAAGGAUCUCCAAAGUCAUAUAUUUACAUGAUAUCUGCUAAUGAUGAGAGUGGCAUUCAACGAAACGCGAUGCUUUUGAAAGACUACAUCGACAAAUAUCUCUACACACAACGCUUCUUUCCAGAAGCUAAAUUUAUGGAAGACCUUAUGUACACGUUAAGCGAGAAACGUUCAAAAAUGAAAUGGCGUGCUUCUGUGAUCGCUUCAUCGCUGACCGAACUAUCUCAGCAACUGACUGGCGGUACUUUACCCAAAUUUCGAGCAGCCAAUGUCGAACCUGGAAUAUCAUUCGUAUUCACAGGUCAAGGAGCACAGUGGCCAGGAAUGGGUCAAAUGCUCAUGGAGUUCCCGAUUUUUCGACAAAGUGUCGAAGCUGCAUCAGUUUACCUGCAGAAGCAAGGGAGUCAAUGGACUCUACAUGACGCAUUUGACCCAGUAGAGGACUUGAAAACAGAUAUCAACAAUCCUAUUCAGUCUCAAACAGCUUGCACCGUAUUGCAGGUGGCCCUGGUUGAUCUUCUACAAAGCUGGAACAUUACUCCCAGCAUUGUUAUCGGACAUUCUUCUGGUGAGAUUGCAGCAGCAUACUGUUCUGGAGCUAUUUCGAGGGAAGCUGCAUGGAAUAUCAGCUACUACCGCGGGCUUGUGUCUUCGAUACUUGUCAAGGGUGGAGGCGGUGCCAUGAUUGCCGUCGGUUUACAUCCCCACGAAGCCCAGAAGUAUAUUCACCGUUUAGGCACCGAGUUCCAGUGCAAGAUACAAAUCGGUUGCUACAAUAGCCCUAAAAACACAACAAUCACUGGUGAACGUAACGCAGUGUUGGCUUUACAGGCACUUCUGGAUCAGGAUCGCGUGUUCAAUCGUGUAUUAGCAACGCCGGUGGCUUACCAUUCGCAAUAUAUGCUGCCUGUUGCUGACACAUACUCUGCUCUUCUCAAAUUGAGCGACCUGUCUAUUGGGCAAAUGCGCCAGUCUCAGAAUAAUGAAGAAAUCUUGAUGAUAUCAUCAGUUACUGGGGAGCUCAUCGAUGCGAAACAACUACAAGAUCCUCAAUACUGGACGCAGAACUUGGUCUCCCCUGUGAAAUUCAUGAAUGCUCUCCACCAGCUCAAGAACCUCGCUGCGCAGUUCAACUUACAAGAGCUACUGGAAUUAGGACCCCACUCUGCUUUACAAAGCGCUAUAAGAGAGUCGUUGGCAGAUACCCAGUCGGCAUCCUCGCAAGUUAGCACUGCGGCAGGUCUGUCCUGUCGAGGUUACCCCGUGAAUCUUCUGGCCACUUCUUCUGUUGACAAUUCUCCCACUGAUUUGUGCCAUCGCACUCUCCUAACGGAUCUUCCUGGUUACGAGUUCAACCACGAUGCAGGGUUACGAGCUGAAAGUCGUCGCAUGAAGAACAGUCGACUACCUCAGCUCCCGAGACAUGAAUUACUUGGGAGCCCUGAUCCCGAUUGGGAUCGAAAAGAGCCCCGAUGGCGCAACUUUCUACGCACUUCUGAACUGCCGUGGCUCAGAGACAACAAAGUUAACGGUGGCAUCAUUUUUCCAGGAGUUGGUUACUCCAUCAUGGCUAUGGAGGCGGUCAAGCAAAUCGCAGACCACUCCAUAUCCAUAGUCGGCUAUUGCCUGCGACAAAUCUCCAUGGAGGCUGCUCUGAUAGUACCUGACACUAGAGACGGCUUAGAGGUAAUGACAAGCCUUCGUGAAGUCUACGAUGAGGGGUCAACUGCAUCGCCAAAAUAUCAUUUCUCUAUCAAAACACAUGAUCUAAUGCGCAACGAGUGGAUUGAGCACUGUUCGGGAUUUAUCGAGUCUAGAUGCGAAUCAGCUUGUACUGAAAAUAUGGGCCCGAGAAGACAAUUACCAUGGGAUGCGGUACAUAAUCUGCAGUCCUCGGAAGAGAAAUGUACAGAUGUCAGUAGUAUCAGCGCAUUUUAUGAUGCUCUGGAGCGUUCCGGUUUCGAGCUUGGGCCUACGUUGAAGAACUUGGUGGAUGUGCGAACCUCUCCAGCUUCACCACAUUGUAUGACCAAAAUGGCUUCUCCUUCAAUCGCCGAGCACAUGCCAAAGGGAUUCGAUUUUCCAUACAUCAUUCAUCCUUCCACUAUGGAAAGUAUGGCUCAUGCCAUUCUGCACGUGUGUACGACACAUGAAGCACCUAUUGGCUCAGCAUUGCUCGCUAGAUACAUUGACAAUAUCUGGAUUUCCAACAACAUCCCAAUGGAUCCAGGUCACUUGUUCGUGACAGUUGCAGAUGGAGAGCAAGUUUCCCCGGGAAAAUGGCGCUGUGCAAUCACAGUCUGGGACGACGUAACCAGGGACAUAGUCGUUCAAAUCCGCGGUACCGAACUUUGUCUACUCUCUGCUGGGUGUGGUGAUCAAAAGACCAUUCCAGAAUGUUUCCUUGUCAAAUGGUUACCUUCCCUGGACCUCGUAUCAGCGAAGUUGCCAUCUACGUUGUUGUCAUCUGUUGAGGCAGACGUGACCGAAGAAAGAGAUACCAAUAAGACUUAUGAACAGCUAUGUACUUUGUAUAUUGUACAAGCAAUCAAGGAACUCCGUGACUAUGAUCGGAAGUUAUUACCGCGCCACCUACAACGAUAUCUAGACUGGAUGAUCACACAAACCGUGGAUUCCGAUGCUCAUACAAUGAGAGCAAUAUGUGUUGAAAACGAAACCAAGCUAAAGGUGGAACGAGAAAUGUUACAAACGCUCCGCGAACAGGCUCGAGGGUUCGGGUCGCGAGGAGAGCUUUUGGUCGAAGUCGGUGACCAAAUUGUGCCUUUGAUUAAGGGCCAAAUAGACCUUCACUCCGUCACACCUGGGCUGGACGAUCUCAGACCGUGGACUCUAGAUCAAGAUCUAUCUACGAAUAUGAAAUCUGUACUUUCCGACUACGUCAAAUCCCUUAGACGCGACCGAGGACAAUUGAAGGUGUUGGAACUUGGUGCUGGAACAACCAGUGUGACAUCCCAUAUAAUCGAAGCUCUGACCUCGACUGAAGGUAUGAGUCGAACCGCUUUUGGGAGUUACCAUUACACGAACAAACAUGAUUCAUCUUUUGACAAUGUCCGCCGGAAAUGUGGAGAUCUGUCGCAUCUCAUCGACUUCCAAGUCCUAGACGUUGACCUAAGCUUUAUUGCGCAAGGGUUCGAGGAACACUCGUUUGACCUUAUCAUUUCUACCCACGCAUUUACACAAACGCCGUCUCUGGAAAGAAGUCUUAAGAAUGCACACUCCCUGUUGAAACCCGGUGGAAAACUCCUUAUUAUUGAAAACACAAAUACUGAGUCCAAAUGCUAUACAUUCGUUUGCGUCUCCGCAAAUCAAUGGAUCGAGCUACUUGAAGGGGCUGGCUUUACGACUCUGUCGCCUGUUAAGAACAUAGAGGAUGAAGAAUCAAACCAGACCUGUUUGUUUGUAUCAACAGCAGUACGCAAGAAUCAGCCUAAAUUGGCUCUCCCUUUCGUGGACGUCGUCAUUGCUCACCACACGGGAGGGCCUCAAGAACUAGUAUCCUCUCUCGUAGCCGCGAUAAAGCAGGCGGGAGAGCUCCCAGUGGUCACAGUUCCGUUCAGUCAACUAAGUCAGCGCCAAUUAGAGCAAUCCUUCGUGAUAGUGGUUGGUGAGCUUGGCCAAGGAUAUUUGGAUCUGUCUUGUGUCCAUGAGAAUAUUUACCAGGAAUUGAAAUGGCUACUAUUGACAUGCCAUAAUCUAUUAUGGAUUUCCACGGACGACAUAGAUCAUCCCAAGGCGGCACUCAGUAGUGGCCUUGUGAGGACCCUCCGUUGGGAACGAGAAAUGGAUAAGAUCAACUUCCUGACACUGAAAUUCUCACAAUCAUCUGAAAUUUCAGAAAUGGCGUCAGCCGUUACAGCCUUAUAUCAAUAUUACUUUGAUGGCAAGGUCGAAGCUCCACCAAACUCUGAGUAUUUGUACAAGGACGGCUCCUUCUGGGUCAAUCGACUAUACCCAGCUAACAAUGCCAACAGCUUUUUGCAAUUUCAAAUCUCAGGCGCCCCCCAGUCGCAAUUUCUCGGUGGCGAUAAUUGGGACCGGCCACUCAAAGCACGCUUCAAAGGAUCUGGUCGACAAGGGUUAUUGAUAUGGUCUGACGACGAAGCCUUCUCUCAGCCUUUGGGUCCCUCGGAAAUUCAAGUUGAUGUUCACGCGUCCGGUUUAACAUUUCAAGACAGCAUGGCUAUUAGAGGUGAUAUUGACCAGCACGUUUUUGGCAAACAGGUUGCAGGAACUGUGAUCCAAAUUGGACAGAAGGUUGAAAUCUUCAAACCAGGUGACCGCGUUAUGGCUUUAUUGGUUGGACCCGAGCAGCACAGUUUGUCUCGCUCCAUUCGCAUCAACGCCAACUUUGUGCAGCGGCUUUCUUCAGAUGCAGAUAUAAUGGAAGCCGCGACAAUACCAAGCACGUUCGCCGCGGUUCAUUAUGCUUUACACAAUGUUGCUCGUGUGGUGGAAGAUGAAAAAGUUUUGGUGCACGGAGCGAUGUAUGCUGCUGGACAGGCGGCUAUUCAACUGGCUCAGUUGGCAGGAGCAGAAGUUUUCAUCACUGUCAAAACCCCCGAACAAAAACAGAAAAUCCAGACGAUGUAUGGAAUUCCAGAAAAUCACAUCUUCAUAUUGGAUGAACACCUAGAUGCCACCAUCAAGGAGGCGACUGGGGGGCCAUUAGGCGUCGACAUUGUACUCAAUUUCUUGCAUUGUAGCGUGGCUCGCAGUGCCUGGCGAUGCGUUGGUUUGAUGGGACGUUUCAUUGAUAUGGCUCUCAAGGCUCCUGGGCGUCAUCGAGGAUUGGACAUGUCGCCUUUUUCACGGAAUGCAAUGUAUAUUGGGGUUGAUAUUUCAGCACUUGGUGUAGCCCACCAUCCUGCUAUUGUGAAGGCAUUUUCUGAGGUUGGCGAGCUGUUUCGACAACACCUAAUCACCAGUUCUGGCCAUAAGGAGUUCAGCUACGCCAACUUUGGGGCAGCAAUGAUUUAUAUACAGAAUGAGUCGAACAUGGAUACCGCAGUGAUUAUCCCGAAGGAAGACGACAUGAUACAAGUGGUUCCACGCAAACAUAUUGCAUAUGAGUUUCCAACAGAUGCUACAUACGUUAUCGCAGGUGGCCUUGGUGGUUUAGGUCGAAGUGCAGCUAGGUGGAUGUGCUCAAGGGGCGCUCGCCAUCUGAUUCUCAUAUCUCGGUCGGGGCCUCGCACUGCAUCCGCCAAAGAGCUACUUCGAGAUCUUGAUUCACAAGGAUGUAAAAUCAAGAUAUGCCAAAGUGACAUAACUGAUGGUGACAACCUUCGAAUCGCUAUGCGUGAAUGCGUUUCCGAUAUGCCCCCAAUUAAAGGUUGUUUGCAGUCAACAAUGUUGCUUCAGGAUUCAAUAUUCGAAAACAUGUCCUACCAACAGUAUAUGGCAGGAAUACACCCAAAAGUACAAGGAUCUCUCAAUGUGCUUGAUGCUAUGCCUAAAAACUUAGACUUCUUCCUGGUUCUGUCAUCGGCGGCCUCCAUUGUUGGGAAUCGGGGACAAGCUAACUACAACUCCGCCAACGCAUUCCAGGACUCUCUUGCCGAGCAUUUGACCAGCAAGGGUAUCCCAGGUAUGUCUGUCAAUCUUGGCAAUAUGUUAUCUGUCGGCUGGGUCGCAGAAAACGAGGGCGCACUGCCUCUGGAUCUUGUGUAUUCUUCUAUCGACGAGCCAGAGUUCCACGCUCUCUUAGAAUAUCAUUUGGAUCCACGCUGGGGAGCUUCUAGUUCUGUCCAAACAUGUCACACAAUUGCUGGCAUACGUUCCGCGACUCGGUUCAACGAAGAUCGGACUCCCCUACCGACUUUCAUGAAUGAUCCUUUGUUCACUAUCAUCAGAGAGUCUUCCACUGGAACCACUGAUCAUAGCGACCAAGGGCGUGAAAUUUCAAUCAGUACAUUGCUCAAAGAGUCCGAAUCUGUUCAAGACGCUGCCAGUCACGUGGCUGAAGCCAUUAUUUGCAAGCUCUCUAGCGUUAUGUCAUUUCCUGUCGCUGAAAUCGACCCGUCACAGGGCCUGGCAUCAUACGGCGUGGACUCUCUGGUCACCGUGGACUUCCGAACCUGGAUCGUAAAGGAGAUGGGGGCAAAUCUCUCUACGGCAGAUAUCCUCGACGAUGGCAACAUCAUUAGUUUGAGCGAGAAAAUAGCCCGCCAAAGCAAGUUCGUGAAGGUGACUUGA